CAGAUCCCGCGGAGGCCGCCUCUGUGCCCUUCAUUCCGCUACCCAUCCGUCCACCGAGUGCCUGCAAGUCGCCAGGAAUCCGGCCACGGAGAGACUGAGGUCGACUCCCGACCGAGAAGCCUCGCGCUGGGACCAGUCGUUUUGCCAAAACGACUCCGAAUGCAGCAGCAUUCACGCGGCGGCCGUGUUUGAGGAACAGAAGCUGAGAGUGGCGAGGGCGAUCACAGAGGAAGGGAAGUUCAGGGUUAGCAGACAGGAGCCGCAAGUGCCCCGAAAAGGGGGCGGGGUCAGGGGUGCCCUGAACUCCGAAUUCGAACUUCUGUCUUAUCACAGCCAAGCACGCCGCUUCUUCGAUUGACCUGGCAGGAUGGCGCCACCACCAGCUGUAGUAAAGCCGGGCGCGUUCCUGGCAGUGACUCCGAAUCCUGGGAGCGCAGCGAGUGGGACAGAGGCAGCCACAGCCACACCCAGCAAAGUGUGGGGCUCUUCCGCGGGGAGGAUUCAACUGCGGGGCGGGGGCCGAGGAACGCUCCCUACCUCUAUGGGACAGCAGGGACCCAGUGCCCGGGCCCGGGCAGGGCGCGCCGCAGGACCCAGGUCGGCGCAGGGGGCCAGCCCUGGACUCCGGGUCCACAAGACCCUCAAGUUUGUCGUCGUCGGGGUCCUGCUGCAGGUCGUACCUGGCUCAGCUGCAACCAUCAAAGUUCAUGAUCAAUCAGUCGGCACACAGCAAUGGGAACACAGUCCUUUGGGAGAGUUGUGUCCACCAGGAUCUCAUAGAUCAGAACAUUCUGGAGCCUGUAACUGGUGCACAGAGGGUGUGGGUUACACCAAUGCUUCCAACAAUCUGUUUUCUUGCUUCCCAUGUACAGCUUGUAAAUCAGAUGAAGAAGAGAGAAGUGCCUGUACCAGGACCAGGAACACAGAGUGUCAGUGCAAACCAGGAGCUUUCCGGAAUGACGAUUCCACUGAGAUGUGCCGGAAGUGCAGCACAGGGUGCCCCAGAGGGAUGGUCAGGGACAAGGAUUGUACGCCCUGGAGUGACAUCGAGUGUGUCCACAACGAAUCAGGCAAUGGACAUGAUGUAUGGGUGAUUUUGAUUGUGACCCUUGUGAUUGCGGUUGUGCUGUUGGUGGCUGUGCUGAUUUUCCGUCGGUGCAUAGGCUCAGGUUGUGGAGGGAACCCCAAGUGCAUGGACAGGGUGUUUCUCUGGUGCUACGGUCUCCUACGAGGGCCUGGGGCUGAGGACAAUGCCCACAACAUGAUUCUGAACCACGGAGACUCGCUGUCCACUUUCAUCUCUGAGCAGCAAAUGGAAAGCCAGGAGCCGGCAGAUUUGACAGGUGUCACUGUACAGUCUCCAGGGGAGGCACAGUGUCUGCUGCGACCGGCAGAAGCUGAAGGGUCUCCGAGGAGCAGGCUGCUAGUUCCAGCAAAUGGCGCUGACCCCACUGAGACUAUGAUGCUGUUCUUUGACAACUUUGCAGACAUCGUGCCCUUUAACUCCUGGGACCAGCUCAUGAGGCAGCUGGACCUCACAAACAAUGAGAUCCACAUGAUAAGAGCUGAUACAGCAGACCCAGGGGAUGCUUUGUAUGCAAUGCUGAUGAAAUGGGUCAACAAAACUGGACAGGAAGCCUUGAUCCAAACCCUGCUGGAUGCCUUGGAGAGGAUGGGAGAGAGACAUGCAAAGGAGAGGAUUCAGGACCUCCUGGUGGACUCUGGAAAAUUCAUCUACUUGGAAGAUGGCACAGGCUCUGCCGUGUCCUUGGAGUGAAAGACUCUUUUUACCAGAAGUUUCCUUUUAGGUGCUAAUAGUUUUUUUGUUUGUUUGUUUUGUUUUGUUUACAUGUAUAUAAAAUAAAUACUUAGCUGGGUGUGGUGGCACGCCUGUAAUCCCAGCACUGUGGGACGGUGAGGCGGGUGGAUCACUUGAGGUCAGGAGUUCAAGACCAACCUGACCAACAUGGUGAAACGCCAUCUCUACAAAAAAAUACAAAAAUUAGCUGGGUGUGAUGGUGCGUGCCAAUAUUCUCAGCUACUCAGGAGGCUGAGGCAGGAGAAUCGCUUGAACCCACAAGGCCGUGAGCUGAGAUUGCACCACUGCACUCCAGCCUGAGCGACAGAGCAAGACUCCAUCUCAAGAUAAAAUAAACUUGAACGAAUUAUUGCCCGACUGAGGCUCAUAUGCCAAAGAAAAAUCUGGUUCUCUCCUGAGCUGGCCGGUCUGCUUGGAUCUCCAUGUGUUUCCUUAUCAUGGUGGUUAAUUGUAGGUGUUGAUUUGAAUGGAUUAAGGAACACCUAGAGCACUGGUAAGGCAUUAUUUCCGGGACAUUAUUUCUGAGCAUGUCUUCAAGGGUGUUUCCAGAGGGAAUUGGCAUGCAAUCAGGUGGAUUGAGUGGAAAAGACCCACCCCUAAUGUUGGGGGGCACCAUCCAAUAGACUGGGGAGCCAGAUAGAACAAAAAAAGAAAAGCAAAUCCAUCUGAUCUCCUGGAACUGGGACACUCUUAUUCUGCCUGUGGACAUCAGACUCUAGGAUUUCUAGUCCUUGGACUCCAGGGCUUACAUGAGUGGACCCCCGAGGAUGUAAAGACUUUGGCCUUCAACUAAGAAUUACACCAUCGGCUUCCCUGGGUCUUAGGUUUUUGGACUGGAUUAAGCCCUGCUUCCAGCAUUCCAGGGUCUCUGCUGUGAAGAUGGCCUGUUGUGGAACUUCUCAGCCUCCAUUAUGAGAUGCAUUAAUUCCUCCAAUAAGUCCCAUUUCAUAUAGAGUCAUUUGCUCCACAACAACAUUUCAGUCAAGGGAACAGCAUAUAAGAUGGUGACCAUCCUAUAAGCUAAGGUUAAUUUAUUAAUUAUUUAAUUUAUUUACCUUGAGUUCAAGUCACAAUUGAAGUACAUAUACCUUUGGAGAUUUGGA